AUGUUUGCAGACGUCUGCGAGUAUCGCGUUCAAUCGAGCGCCGCCAGUCUCCAAGCCGACGCCUCGAAUAGCCAGGUCGACGGGGUCUCGUCGGAUGGUACAUCGAAAUCGGCGGGAACACCAGUCGUCCUACCCUAUCCGCCGACAUCUCAGUCGAGCUAUGGACCGACCGAAAAAGCGGUUGAAUUCGGACUCGCCACGCUGCCUCGUCGGUUGGAGCCAGUCCUCCGGUGCAGUAAUGGCAUUUUGGAUGUUCGCUUCACCGCGGCCGAAUCGGUGGGUGCUGGUGUCUGCAAGAGUUGGCGGUUUGUUUGA